UCUAUUUCCACGACUACUUGAACGGACAUUCAGUUGGAGAGUUGACCAUCAGCAGAAUGGACUCGCUUCUGGAGAGCUGGACACAGGCUGGGCAAUUCAUGCAGCACCGCUGGCUGUCGCUGCUCGAUGUGAUCGGCGAUGAUCCCUGGCGGCUGUGGGUGCUGGGCAGCACUGUGACCAUUUUCUCCGUCUACUGGCUGUAUGCAGCUCUCUUCACCAUUAUGGAUAUCACAAAUUGGCCGCGAUUCAUACGCAAAUACAAGAUUCAGCCGGGCCAGAAUGAGCCCGUGGAUCUGGCCAGGCUUUGGCGUUCGAUUAAGGUGGUGCUGCUCAAUCUGACGAUUGUCAAUGUGUUGGCCUCCUGGGUGGUGUACGAGCUGGUCUACAGGCACAAGAACAGCCAGGAUAUACGGGAGCUGCCGUCGUUCAGGCGAGCGGUGCGCGAUCUGGUGGCGUUUGUGGUGCUGGAGGAGAUCAUGUUCUACUACGCCCAUCGACUGCUGCACCACAAGGCGCUGUACAAGCACGUGCAUAAGAAGCAUCACGAGUGGACAGCACCCAUAGCCGCCAUCACGCUGUAUGCCCAUCCCGUGGAGCAUGUGCUGGCCAAUCUCCUACCGGUAGCACUCUCCACAGCCCUGCUGGGCACCCAUGUCGCCUUGGCUUGGCUGAUCUUUGCCUUGGCCAUUGUCAACUCGAUGAGCGAUCAUGCUGGCUACAGUUUUCCCUGGUCGGGGGCGUCGGUUCGCUUCCACGACUAUCACCAUGCCAAAUUCAAUUAUAAUUAUGGUGUGAUCGGAUUGCUGGACAAAUUGCACGGUACAUAUCGUGCCACGCCGGAAAAGAAGCUGCCCAUGCGGGCCAGGGGAAAAGGAAAAACUAGCAAGAGGAAAACAUAACAAAAUUGUUUAAAUCUAUUAUUU